AUGACGACCCGCGAAGAAGAGGACCCCUCCUACAUCGACUACGAAGCCUUCCUCGAUCCCGAGUUCAGCCCCUCCUCCUUCGCAAACACCCUCGUCGUCGCAACGAACAACCCCAACGAUGCGCCCCUCGAUCUCUCGACCCCCCUCUCCCGCGUCCUCUUCGACACUCAAGAAAUUGACUCACACAUUGAUGUCCUAACGACAAAGUCUGCCGCCCCUCUCCUGCAGUACACCAAGGAGCAGACCACCUCGAGCAAGCGCAUCAUAUCGGAGCUCGACGCCCAGAUCAAGAACCUCAACGACAGCUACAAGCAGCUCGAAAAGGAAGUCAUCGAUAAGCAUGCCGAGGCUGAGGAGGUGCGGCAGGUUGCUACGAGGCUAUGGGAAACGCUGAAGCUCGGUCGCUCCGUGGGACGCUGUCUCCAGCUUGGGCGGCAGCUUGAAGUCCAGCAUGCUGAGAUCGCGGGGUCUAGCGUCAGUGCUGCCGCUGCGGCUGCUGGAAAGAAAGAAGAUCACCGAGCGCUGGUACGGUGUUCGCAUACAAUUCUCUCGUUGCGAGAGGUGCUUGACAACACGGCGCCUGGAGAGGAGGGUCACGGUCUCGGAAAGGUCGAUGCGAUUCGCACUCUUCGGGAGUCUAUAAUCACGCCUGUUGAGCGGUCUGUCAAAGAGACGGCAGAGAAGAUUAUUCGCGACUUUGCGAUUCCUAACUCGGCUACCUUUGCGCAGGGCGAGGAGGUGAAGGCGAGGACCGUAUCCGCCAUGAUCACGCUCUUCCUGCUCUCCCCAGCACCGACGCAAAAGAUGGAAAGAUGGACACCUCAGCUACUCCUGCAGAGCCUAGAGACAUACUUCCGCUCGGCGCUACAGUCGUCCAUCGCCUCGCUCUCGCGAUCGCUAGGCCAGCUUCCCUCCCUCGAGCGGACUCUCGCCGAGAUCUCGGCGCGGUGCCAGAAUAUCGUCGCCUUGGAGCUAGUACUGGAGUCUACGAAACUGCCAGCGCACCCGCUCGUGUCGGCCCCACAGAAGCAGACCAAUAUGUUGCAGCCUCUACUGGCGUAUCUCGAGACAGGCAGCCUACCGAGCUACUUCUGGCGGACAAUGGCUGGGAAUUUGGGGACCCGUGUACAGGAGAUUGUGAAUCGUGGUGGGGUGUCUGCGCGUACGCUGAGGUCCAAUAGGGCGAGCGUUGGCGAUGCUGUGAGGGAGUGUGUUGUGAGGGGGUGCCAGAUGCCGAGUGCGCUCAAGGGCAAGGGAAGAGGGGAAGGCAACUGGGAUCGAGAGGUCGCUGUCAUGGUUGGCAGUGUUGUCAAUAACCUUGGUCGCUAG